AUGUCGAGCCCUAGCGCAGCCGCCAUCCUCCUCUACUCCUCCUGCAUGCUGGCGAGGAGUUUCAUGAUCAUGUCACGUUCGCGCUUUGCCUCCUCAACUUCCGCACGCACCGUCUCCAUGUUGGAGUCGGUCCUCAACUGCAUCGCCACGAUGGUGCGCAUCAAAGCCUAUAGAUCAUCAUUCUCGGUCUCUUCCACCACGACGCCUUCGCGUCGGUGCUCCGCUUGUAGGGAUAAACAUCUUGUCUGGGCCACCCCCGCCGCCUUGGAUCCGGCGUCAGUCUUCUCCGUGGUGAAUUUGGUGAUAGCCAUGGUCCUUGUUGGCCGCCCUAGUUUAGAGUUGUGA